AAACCCUCCCUGGCAUCACACCUUAGCUGAGAGUCUACAUGAAUUCAUUCAGACAUGGCAAGUAAAAAGGCCUCCAAUAAAAGGCAGAGGGGGAAUCAAAAGUCCUGCUCCAAUGUAUUUUCAAUGUUCGAGCAGUCACAGAUACAAGAGUUUAAAGAGGCUUUUGGCUGCAUUGACCAAGACAGAGAUGGUGUCAUCAAGAAGCAGGACCUGAAGGAAACCUAUGCUCAGCUUGGAAAACUUAACGUUACGGAUCAGGAGCUGGAAGAGAUGUUGAAUGAAGGGAAGGGUCCUAUUAACUUUACUGUGUUUCUGACCCUCUUUGGGGAGAAACUCAACGGUACUGACCCCGAAGACACUAUACUUUCUGCUUUCAAGCCUUUUGACCCUAAUGGGACAGGUUUUGUCAAUAAGGAUGAAUUUAAACGAUUACUGAUGAACCAGGCUGAUAAAUUCACUGCGGAGGAGGUGGAGCAGGCCUUUGCUCUGGCACCAAUUGACCCAAUCGGCAAUAUCGACUACAAGCAGCUCUGCUACAUCAUCACACAUGGAGAUGAGAAGGAGGAAUCCUAAUAUGACCAGCUAUUUGUGAAGUCAAGUAGCUGCUGCUUAGGAUUAAUUAACACUGUUGAUUGUUGGAGACAUGGUGGAAAGUUUGAUAUAUUCAAACAGUUGUAUAAACUGCCCUAUGUUGCCAUAUGUUGUUUUUAGGAAAUGUUGCAGUGAAAGAUUUUAAAGAAUAAAGUGCUGGAUUCCUUCCUAAAAUAAGAUCAUUAAAUACUUGGCUAAAAUUAUAAUCUGGCUUGGAAACCACUGCAAAUAAAUUCCUCUCGAUGUAGGUAAGAUUCUAAAAGUGAAUUAAGUGUCUUUCGUUGACAUCUUUGAAAAUAAAUAUUUAAAAAAUAAAAACUAUACUUAUUCCA